CUGGUUUAUGGUUCUCACUCUUAGAAAUGGCCAAUUACCAAUCCCUUGGACAAACUCUGCAGAAAGGAAUGGAGAAGAUGAAGGAAGCCAAAGAUGGAGAUGUUAAUAAUGAAAGUAAUGAUACCCAUAAAAACACUGAGCCACUGAGGAUCAUCCUGGUGGGGAAAACAGGAGCAGGGAGAAGUGCAACAGGAAAUACUAUCCUUGGGCAGAAAGUAUUCAAGUCCAGUUUACAAUCCCAGAGAGUGACUAAGAAAUGUCAAAUGGAGACUGGGAUGUGGAAUGGGAGAAGAAUAUUUGUAAUUGAUACUCCUGCCAUCUGUGAACCGGAUACCUGGACUGAAGAGAUAUAUAAAGACAUUGGAGAGUGCUACCUUCUCUCCUCCCCAGGUCCCCAUGUAUUAAUUUUGGUGACUCAGAUUGGCCGCUAUACUGCUAAGGACAAGGAGGCAAUGAGGAAAGUGAAAAAAAUCUUUGGAGUAAAAGCCAUGAGAUACCUCAUUAUGCUAUUCACUCGUAAAGAAGAUUUAGGGGAAUCUUUACAACAUUAUAUAGCAAGUACUGAUAACAAAGACCUACAAUGGGGGAUCCGAGAAUGUGGCAGGAGAUUCUGUGCCUUCAACAACCAGGCCACUGGGGAAGAACAGAAGGCCCAAGUAGAAGAACUGAUGACUAUGAUUGAAAAGAUGGAAGAAGAGAAUGAAGGCAACUAUUACAGGAAUAACCUUUACUUUGCUGCUGAGAUCUUCCAAAGAGAUGGCAAUAGAGGAUCUGAAGAAAGUUACCAAAACUACUUGUGCAAAGUAAAAUCCCAGAUUCAAAAGCAGACAUCAGACCUAAUAGAGUCCGAGAGUAUCUAUUUUGUCGGGGCAUUUAUGAGGGCUCAACUGUGGGUUUCUUCCCACUUUAAAAUCUGCUUAUGUAUUUUGUUCUUUGUUUUGGUUUUUAUUGUCAUUAUAGUUGUCUUAUUGACUUCUCAAACAGCCUGAGUAGUUUUCUCCUAAUCGUUGAUUCCUAAUAGUAAUUAUUGAGUUCAUUCUCAGUGUCACUAUCAUGAAAAAUUUUCUAAAUGACUUCCUUAAAUUUUGAAAACAGAUCUGACUUUCAACUCUUAUUCCUCCGAAGAUACUUGGCAAAGAGACAUCUAAACAAAGUCAAUAGGUUUGCCAUUUCUUUUCAUAAGAAUUAGGAAAUAAAAGUGGUAAUU